AUGACGGACGAGGAAGGACUUCUGUUCGAUCGAUUCGGAGAAAUCAUCGCGGACGCGAGCGAUGUGAUCGACGCGAUGAUUUCCACGCAAAUUUCGAUUUCGACGAUAAAAAAGAACGAGUACGAUUCCGAGGACGACAACGGAAGGGAGACGAUGCGUGGUGUCGCCGAACGGGCGAGAAGUAUGAAAGCUCGAGUGAAAGCACUCGCGAAGGAGUAUUUGACGCUCAGGGCGGCGGCGUCGAAAGCGAAACGGGAGGAAGAAGGUUCCGGAGGAGGAGAACAACUGAGAGACGCGUUACUUCAAGCGCGCGCAGACGCGGCGGAACGAGAGAACGCAAAGUUAAAGAUGGCACUGAAAGAAGCGAAAGAAGAUUGCGCGUUAUUGGUGCGAGCGGCGCGGAUGGCCAGGGAGGAGUUUACGAGGUUAGAUAAGCUGGAAGAGGAGGAAGACGAGGAAGGGGAUGAAGACGACGACGCGGUCACGGUGAAGUCGUUAGCGAGUAGUGGCGGCGCGACGUACGGGUCCGGCGUGCAAACUUUAUUCAACGCGCAGGACGAAGACGAAGAAGACGAAGAAGACGAUGACGACGACGGUCGAGGUCGGGGUCGUACCGAAACGCAGUCCUUACACGACAUAUUAGAUUUGGACGAUCAGUACAACGCGGCUUUGGAAAAGUUGCGGACGGCGAAUAUUUCUUCCUCAGCAGCAGCAUCAGUAGCUAAUGAUAACGAUGAUAGCACUCACAACAAUAGUCUCGCGGCGUCGAUCGCGAGAAAAAAUGCAGCUCAAAACAAGGAUGAAGUCACGGAGACGGCCAAAGCGGCUGCGAUGUUUGCGGCCACCGCGGCUUUAUAUUCGCACUCCGGUUUAAACGCAGUCCCGAAUUCAGGAGGUAAGAAUACGAAUAAAAGCAGCACUUCGGAAGUCUCAUCUGGGACGACUUCCAAGAGCGGCGGUCAAACGCCAGCGGCAGCUCUGUGCGUGGACGACGAAAGCGAUCAAGGUCAAGUUUUUCGAACGCCCGUUUUGGUCGUCUCCGAUCAUCCAGACGCCUUGUCUUCUUCGGACGAAGACAAGGAGUUGGACGGGGAAGGGUCCAUGCAAAACGCACUCGAUCGAGUAUUUUUCGGAGAUGACGACGAGGACGAAGUCGAUUCGCCGUCAGGUUUCGGAACUACGACGACGAAGAAGAGGGGAGAGAAUAAGAUGUCGUUCUUGAACGCGUUACCUCCGUAA